GAUUUACAACACAUCGGUUGCGGUUUAUGAUCAAUUUACUGCCGACCAUCAAGUUCUGACCUUUCCGGAGAUUACUCAUACCAAGCCUUAUCACAUGGCAGGCGUUGAUUGUGAUGUUCACAGUGGCGCUAUGUUCUUUACCGCAACCAGUGGCCUUGCCUUCGAAGCCAAUGGCGUAGAUCUUUCUGGUCCGCAGAAGUGAUAAAGUGGGACACAGCAGCGAUGGAAGCAGUCUAUAUCGCAGACCUGGCACCUUUCCAGGAACAGUACAAAAGUACCUUCGGACACGUCACUGCUGGAUUCCAGGACAUUGCUGAGGAUAGCAAUGGCAACAGCUAUGCUCCAGCAAGUUUUAGUGGCUAUAGUAUUGCUAAAAUCGCUCCUAAUGGUAUGGUAACACCAUUUUUCAUGUCAAACGAAACGACAAAAUACGCGACAGCUUCGCCAUACCUCUACUUUGGCCUGGUCUUCCUACCUUCACAAAGAAAUCUCCUUAUCAUCGAUGUUCAGCGAGGCGCUUUCGUCACUUUUGACACCAAAUCUCACUCUCCUGUUCCGACACCCAUCACAAUCUCGAACUUGCCAUCGAACUAUACAUCCGUCCUCUACGAUGCUAACGUCACUCCUGACCGCUAUCCCCAUCAGCGUAUUGUCUUUUGCGCCGAGGAUUAUUUAGGUGGUAGUGGGGCCAUCACUGCUUUCUCGAGUAAAGAUAAUUGGGCAAGUGCCAAGUAUCUUGAUGCUGUUUACAACACAGACCCACGUACCAAGGGAUUUUUAACAAGAACCGCUGUUAAGAUAGCGAACUCUAUAUAUCUCUCUUCAAUAUCGCUCUCAGAUGGCCUCUCUUAUGAUACAGUUGGAAACAGGUCAAGUUUUCCCAUGGUCCAUAUCGCGGAACUAGUGGAUACCCUAAUGGGAGCUAGGUACCCGAGACCAUCCCGAGCUCAAGAUAUUGUGGUUAACAGCUGAUCUCCAGAGGGAUACUGCGAUCCAAAGACAAUACCCAACCACCUGACUCCUGAUAACCAGUUCAUGAGUCAGCACCCGACUCCAAUAUGUAUAUAGCCACGCUAUCUCGGGGUUGUCUUUUGGGCUACUUAGCUUAGCGACAUAACUUCUGAAUAUUUCUGGAAGUAAGUUCGUAAUAAUUAAUA